AUGAGCUCUAACUAUAGGAGUGAGAGCACCAGCAGCAGCUGUGGGACCCAGCAGCCCCCAGAAGUGCUGUAGUGCCAGCCCCAGCAUUACCCCUUCUGCCAUCAAUCAAGUCAAUUCGGGCAGCCUCCAGAAAAAAAUGCAGUGUGUGAAUGAGUGAGGACUUACAGUGGGCCCAUGAACAAGGUGGUGCAGGCCUUGGACCCCAUCAGCUUAUGGGAAAUGCUCUCCCCUCUCAAAACUACCUCCUCCAACCAAAAUUUGGUUUGGAGCGACCAUUCCCAGGAACUCCAAUCUCCAACUCUGAAAAUAUCUACUUGUGCCCCAAGCAUUCUACAUAUAACUCAAAAUACUGAGCAGGAACUUCAUUCUCCAACAAUGAAAGUCAUUACAUACCCACAGACUACUAUUAGGAGAUAUAUAGUACAAAAUCCUGAACAGGAACCCAGAAGAGAAUACAGACCAAGGAUAGCAGGCAGCCAUUUCUUCUCAGGAAACAAUGUUAUUUAUGAAAAAACAAUAAGAAAAGUAGAGAAGCUAAACGCAAAUCAGGAAUGCUAUCCUCAGGUUCAAUGCUAUCAUCAUAUUGUCCAACAACCCCAGAUCAUCCAUUCUCCACACUGUCAACAAUCCCAUUCUACCCAGCAAAUCCAAACCAUCACAGGAAGUGAUUCUUUAUCUACAAACACUGUACAUGAACUGUGCCAUGGUGGAUCAAGUCAGAUACAUCAGUAGGUGAUAAUUAAGGAUGAUGGCCCUGAAAAAUUGGACCCUAAGUAUUUUGGAGAGUUGCUUGCUGAUCUAAGCCAUAAGAAUACAGAUCUAUAUCACUGCUUAUUAGAACAUUUGCAAAGAAUUGGAGGAAGCAAACGGGACUUUGAUUCUACAGAUGAGUCAGAAGACAUUGAAUCAUUGAUUCCUAAAGGAUUGUCAGAGUUUACAAAACAGCAAAUUCGCUAUAUUCUGCAGAUGAGGGGGAUGUCUGACAAGUCACUCCGGCUAGUGCUGUCCACAUUCAGCAACAUACGGGAGGAGCUUGGACAUCUUCAAAAUGACGUGACAUCACUGGAAAAUGACAAGAUAAGACUUGAGAAAGAUUUGGCAUUUAAAGAAACUCAAAUAAAAGAGUAUGAAGAACUCUUGGGAUCAGUGAGAGCAAAUAAUUGCCAGCAGCAGCAAGGACUUCAAGACUCAAACUCAAAAUGCCAGGCAUUGGAAGAAAACAAUCUCUCUCUUCAACAUACACUGUCAGACAUGGAAUAUAGACUAAAAGAACUGGAAUACUGUAAAUGUAAUUUAGAACAAGAGAAUAAAAACCUUAGAAUGCAGGUUUCUUAGACUUGCACAGGUACAAUGUUGCAGGCUAAAAUGGAUGAGAUUGGCAACCAUUACAUGGAGAUGGUAAAAAACUUGAGAAUGGAGAAAGAUAGAGAGAUCUGCAAGCUAAGGACCCAAUUAAACCAGUGCCAAAAAGAUGUAUCAAGAAGAGAAGAAUGCAGUGACUUCCAAUUCAGUCUUCAUGAACUGACAAGCUUGCUAGAAGAGAAGGAUUCCCUUAUUAAGCGUCAGUCAGUGGAACUCUCCAAGUUGAGACAAGAAAUACAUUCAUCUCAUAACCAACCCUCCAGUGGUGGAAGGACUAUUACGACUAAAAAGUAUAAGACACAGUAUCCAAUCCUAGGCCUUCUGUAUGAUGAAUAUGAAUGUAUACCACCAGGUAGAGACACACAAACUAUUGUGACUGAGCAAAGAGAAGACAAAUGGACUGGUGUAAGUUCACAUGGACACUUCUAG